AUGGGUUCAACAGAGACUCCAACGGCCAUGACGCCGGACUUCCGAUAUAUCCCCCUAUCAUACAGCCACGCAGACUCGCAGGCCUCCGCCCUGAGGCUGAUCCUGACCCUCAAUCCCGACUGGGAGGGUCCUGGCAACGACAUCAAGUUCGUGCGCUUCACUGAUGGGAUCACCAAUACCCUCUUGAAAAUCAUCAACACGAAGCCCGGCCUGACGGAGGAACAAAUAGACAAUGAGGCAGUACUGAUGCGCGCGUACGGAAAUGGCACAGAAAUCCUCAUAGACCGCGAAAGAGAAACACGGUCCCACGCACUUCUGGCCAGCCGCGGCCUCGCCCCGCCCCUCCUCGCCCGAUUCAAAAAUGGUCUGCUCUACCGCUUCAUCCGUGGUCGGCCUUGCGGUCACCAGGAUCUAGUCUCCCCGCCCAUCUGGCGCGGUGUCGCCCGCCGACUCGCGCAGUGGCACGCCGUUCUGCCGAGUAGCGGGGCUGCGCCUGCCAAGGAUGAAUAUCUCGGUGAGGUUGCAGAACCGCAAGACAGUGAGAUCACCGUAAUCAAGCCCCGGCGCGGGGGCUCGUCUAUGUGGGCUGUGCUGCAGAGCGCGCGCCGUUUAAGCCUGCAGUCCGAGCUGCAGUGGGUUGUGGAUAUGUUGGAUGAUGGCAAGGGCCUUGGCGAAGAUGGGUUGGUAUUCUCUCACUGCGAUCUUCUUUGCGCAAACGUCAUUGUCCUGCCAAACGAUGCUCCGACCGUUGAAGAUGGCGUUGCGCCUGUGAACUUCAUCGAUUACGAAUAUGCUGUCCCCGCCCCAGCCGCCUUUGAUAUCUCCAACCACCUUGCCGAGUGGGGUGGUUACGAUUGCGACUACACCAUGAUGCCGACAAAGUCUGUGCGCCGUCAAUUCCUCACUGAGUACACGAAGAGCUACUGCCAACACCGCGGUCUCGACGCUUCCUCCCAGGCGGAGAUCGUCGACCGAUUGUAUGAGGACGUUGACCGCUUCCGUGGUAUUCCCGGUCUUUACUGGGGUGUGUGGGCACUCAUCCAAGCACAGAUCUCCCAGAUCGACUUCGACUACGCCAGCUACGCUGAGACCCGUCUCGGCGAAUACUACGCCUGGAAGCGCGAGGUAGAUGGCAGCCGCAAGCAAGCCGGCGAAGAGAUGCCAUUGCGCGAGGCCCGCUGGGCGUCAGAGGCUUAG